AUCAAACAAUUUUAUCAACUAGAGAGCAUUAGAGCCCUAGUUUGAUUAAGCUAUAACUAUUACAAGCGUUGGCUCCUAACCAAGUUGGCAAUAGUAGCAGAUAGAAGUUGCGAAACUGGAAUUGCGGCUUAAAAGUUACUGCUGAACAAUGACCCAGUUCAUAUUUAUGUUAAUAGAAAAAAUCUAAAUAUAUAGCUCUGAAUCUACCCCUAACCCACCUAUACCCUGGUAGUGAUAAAUGGAUUGUUCUACUAAAGUUCUAAAACAAUCAAUAGUAUCUAGUUAUAACAAGUGAAUAUCUACCUCGAUACCUAUAUUGAUACCGCACAACAUUUGGAAAACAACUAUAUCGUAGACCAACAAUGGUAAAUAGCAGACAUGUUCAGUCAGCCUCUCUGGUAUAUAUGCAUGGAUAGAUCAGAGCUUUCUUUCCAAAAAAAUAUCCAAGAGACACAGUCAUCUCAUACUAUCACACAGCUGAUAAUAGGAUAACUAUCAAGUAAUUUAUUAGAAAAAUUUACUGGAAGAAAUAACCAGAAACUUACCUACACAUUGCACAUUUCUUUUCAAAGAAAAUGCCUCCUCGUAGACAAGUUCACCCGGGGCCAAUCCCGAGAAACCUUUGGCCGGUUCAGCCUCCCCCCAGUCCUGCAACCCGUGAGGCUCGUCGCCAAGCAUGGCGCGACCUGAUAGAAGGGCGUAAGAUGAGAAAAAUCAAAGAGGGGAUAGAUCUCUUUCGGAAGCAAGGGGAGACCGAUUUUGACGCGGUAGCCUUGAUGAUAGAUUCCGAAAAGAGACAAGGAAAAGACCCGGAGUUGGUAAACAGAGUAGCAGGAGAGAUGGGCAUUGCGCCACUCCCAGAAGGCUACGUAUGGACAUCGAAACAUCCUCCACUUAAACCAUGGAAGAAACCUGUCCAGACAGGGCCCGUCCGAACGGACUCCAAGCGGCAGGAAAAACGAGUAGACUUUUUGCAGCCGAAGAAAAAUACUCGCGUACGACCACCAGUAUCGCCUCCAACUCCACCUCCGCCAAAGCCGCCAAGGCUAGUAGAAGCAAGGCUAGAACCGCUGAAACUGGCACCGCAGAAGCCGGAGCCCAGUAAGUCAGGUCUUGAAACCAGAGAGCAACAGCGCGCAUUCCUAACGGAGUCGCUGAGACAACGGCAUCUUGCUAAGAAGGCCGAUAAAAAGCGACAGUGGGAGUUAGGGGGAAGAUAUGGACAUCCUGUCUUCCCUCGUGGCAAUCCGUACCCUUCGAAGAGAGAGGAACAGCGUAUAACAGUCUGGGAAAAGCGUAUGCAGCGACAUGCGGAGCGAGCGCUGCGCCAUCGAAAAGUACCUCAACAAGGUAAUGAGGGUGAGAGCAGAGGAAGAAAUGAUAGAAGACGUAGAUCGUUUUCUGAUAGGGGGAAUGGCAGAGGGAAUGGCAGCGAAGACAAGCCUGUACAUUCUCCUGCACGCGAGUACACUCCACCGUUACCCCCUAACCCAUUUCCAAUUGAUCCCUCGGACUCCUCUUCGUCAUCGGCAUCGUCAUCGCCCAAGUCCCCUGUGCCGCCGUUGCCACCUUCAUCCUCGUCGUCCUCGUCGUCCUCCUCGUCGUCUUCCUCCUCGAACAGAACCAUACACAGUCUGGUCCCGCAUGUUUUCCCAAACCUCAACCGACCCGAUAUCACAGGACUUCCUAUGGAGAUUCUUCUGGAGAUAAUUGAUUUCAUGCAGCCUUCCUCGCGCAUCAGACUAGCCCUUGGAAUUCCCCGUGUCUUCCAGUCGCCCAACUUCAUAAACAUAUUCACCCUCGAUGCGGCGCGCCAGAUGCGAGAUUUCCGUGCCUAUGAACCACCCCGUAGGUGGCACAUGGGCGAGCCGCCAGAGAACACCCCACUGCUUCAAACGGCGAUUUAUCGUACCUACUGCGAUGCAGAUGUGAUCAACCGUAUCCUCGACGGAUAUGCCGCUGUUGCGGGGGAUGUUAUCAACGAUAUUUAUAUGUUUAGAGGUUUCCGUCCGCCGCUCGUUGCCGCCAUUUAUGCCCUGAGACCAGAUCUACUCCGCGUACUUUUUGACAGGGGCGCUGAUCCAAACAUACGCUGGCCAUUCCUCUUCCCGAGCGCGGGGCCAACUGAUCUGCAACGACUCUAUCGCUGCACAGUAUUCUUAGAGUCUCAUAGAGAAUGUCAGCCACCGGACAUACUCCGUGCGACAUCUAGUAGAUUUAUUCCCUGCCCAGAUCUUUAUGCCCAUGCUCUUCAUGUGUAUUCUAGAAGACGAUUUCUUGCAACCAACCCUAGAAGAGCCCCUGAGCCUGGAGAUACGAGACUCCAUGACCAGAUGAACCGAGCCGAAGAAACAGUUUCCAUUGUGGUGUUUCAACGAGGGCUGCAUCGGUUCGACCAGAUGACCACAGACGAACUUCCCCCAGAAUUCGAUCAGUUGGUCGAUAGGGGUCUUUACAGAAUCGUCGGGGAUCUAGCUGAUGCAAUGAUACGCGAAACCCAAGACAACGACCCUAACCGACAGAACGCACUCAACCUGCUCCUUGAGAAAGUUGCUAUAAGCGGUUAUAUUUCUGACGAAUAUCAUAAGGUAGAAAAUAUUUUGCAAAGGUUUUCUAACACAGAAGAACCUGAUCAUCUGGAAAAUAUGGACCGUCGAGAUGACCUAUUGCGUCGCUUGGUUGCGAGCGGUGCCAGAAUUGCCCCUGACGAUGCACCUGAAAUUGGCCAAAGAAACGGGCGCAGCAUGCUAGUUAUUUUAAGAGCAGUCGCGCAAAUCAACCCCGACGAAAAUAACGAGGUAUUCCGUUGUCUUGUUGAUGAGCCUGAGAAUUAUAGAGUGGGAUUCACCACCGAACUAAUUCAGAUGAUAAAAGGUCGCAGAGAUGAUCUAGCCCGGUUACUCUACGCGGCGAUUCGAGAAGAUCGUCAGGAACUUUAUAACGAGCUUAUUGAUACACACUCCGCAGGGGCCUGUCUACAAGCUUUGCUUGCGGCAAUUGAGAAUAAUGACAUCAACCUCCUUGAGCGUCUUAUGAGACUGCCCAACGAUGGAAAUAUCAACGGCAACGGCGAUCCUCCUAACAACGGGCAUGCCUUACCUGUUUACCCUGUUGAUGAGGAGUGUUAUGACCUCAUGGAUUAUAUCGCAAUCCAAGGACGUAACAUCCUGGAAGGCGCGUUGGUCAUGCGUAACUUUGAUGCAGCCCUUUUUCUUAUUGAUAACGGCUUCCCGACGGAAAUCGACAACAAUGUGAUGGAGCGAGUCCAGAGGGGCCUUGAGGAGCUCAGGGGUACCAUAGAACCGAUGACUGCCGCGGCUUUAGAGGAAGCUGAUGACCCUCCACUUGAUUCCCGACGCAUAUUGCCAAUCUAUAACGGAAGACCCGAAGACAAGGAGGCACAAAGAAGAUUUCAAGCGACCGUUGCAACGUUUGAGAAGGUUGCGAGUCUACUCAAAUCUGCUAGCGGAAAUGUCAUUGAUGAGUUCAAGUCAUUAUCUAUGAACGACAAGCCCGAUGGUCAUGACAUUCAUAUAGCGAUUGUGGGUGCUGGGCCGCGCGGUACCAGCAUUCUAGAGCGUAUGUGCGCGUCUGUACCGGAAAUCCUCGCCCCGGACGUUCAUCUUACAGUUCAUGUGAUUGAUCCGUCCCCGCCGGGAGCUGGCAGCGUCUGGCGUACGGACCAGCCAGAGCAGCUAAUAAUGAAUACCAUCACAUCACAGAUGACCCUAUACACCGACGAGAGUGUAACUUGUGCUGGACCGAUACGCCCAGGGCCGAACUUAUAUACCUGGCAGAUGAUUGCGCCUGUAAGGGGAUCACGAUUAGGACCUAAUGAGUACGCAACCCGUGCUCUGUAUGGCCAGUACCUUAGAUGGGUCUUUGAUCAAAUACAAGUUCACGACAAAGACGUGGUAAAAAUUGUAGUGCACACUGCCAGCGCGGUCAGCCUUAAUGACGAAUCGGAUGGGCGCCAGGUCCUUACCCUUUCCACUGGUGAUUCGCUAUCCGGCCUUUCUGCUGUAGUCCUUGCCCAAGGACACCUGCCACUAAUCCCGAGCCCAUAUCUACAAGAGCUCGCUAAAUAUGCUGAACAGAACCGUUUGUGUUACAUAGCACCGGCGAAACCGGCAGAGGUUGACCUCUCUUCUAUCAACCCUAAUCAGCCAGUCCUCGUGCGCGGUCUUGGUCUCUGCUUCUUUGAUUACCUAGCCAUGCUUACUGAGGGCCGCGGCGGUCGCUUUGAACGCACAACCUCUGGAUAUCAAUAUAUUCCUUCGGGAAGUGAGCCGCGAAUAUAUGCUGGCUCACGCCGUGGUAUCCCAUACGUUGCCCGCGGCGACAACAAAAAACCGCCCCUGGAGCGCCACACUCCACGUGUACUCACCGAGGAGGUAAUUGCUGUCCUCCGUGACCGUGCUGAGUCCGGUAACCCACCGGAUUUCCAGGAACACGUAUGGCCUCUUAUUGCAAAGGAGGUAGAAACGGUUUACUACGAGACUAUGUUGAGAGCAAAUAAUUCAGAGCGUCUUAACUUCCGAGCCGAGUUCCUCAGUGCUCAACCGGGCGGCGCUGAAGAAAUCCAAGUUCUUGACAAGUUCGACAUACCCAUGGCUGAUCGUUGGUCCUGGAGGUUCAUGUCACGACCGUACGAUGAUAAUACCUUCAAAUCGGCCGAAGCCUGGCAAAACUGGCUGCUGGAUUAUCUAGACGAAGAUGUCCGGCAGGCUGCGCUUGGAAACAUCGAGAGCCCUCAGAAGGCAGCCAUUGAUGUACUGCGCGACUUGCGCAACGAGCUGCGCCAAAUCGUGGAGUACGGAGGAAUUUCAGAUACUUCGCGUGAGGAUCAAUUCGACUCGCAAUUUACGCCACUUAAUGCCCACCUGUCUAUCGGCCCGCCGCGAAUGCGCAUCGAGCAGUUGAUUGCGCUAAUUAAAGCGAACGUAGUAACUAUUCUUGGUCCGGAGUUGGAAGUGCGUUCUGACAACGGGGCAUGGCUUGCGAUGUCCCCCGAGAUCCCGGGCUCAGCAGUACGUGUAACCGGCCUCAUAGAGGCGCGCGUACCGGAACCAAGGCUAAGGCAAACCGCCGAUGGGCUCCUUAAAGACUUAUUGGACAAGGGUCAAUGCCGCCCUCACACCAUCAAUGGGCACGAGACUGGAGGUCUAGACGUAACGCCCAGUCCAGGCCAUCUGAUCGAUAAUAAUGGCGUCUCACAUCCAAGGCGGUUUGCUGUUGGUGUCCCUACGGAGGGCGUACAUUGGGUGACUGCUAUUGGGGUUAGACCGGGUACAAAUUCAGUCUCGCUUUUAGAGACGGACGCCGUCGCGCGGGCUGCACUUAUGGUAAGUGUAAAUGCGAAUGCGAGCAACAACCCGAGACCCAAAUCAUGAUUCGGACGGCUGUAUUAGAGACACUGGGGCCGCUUGAAAGAUUCCCUUAGAAGGGAAAAUUUAAAUUUAUAUUGUUUAUUGGAUAAUGGAUAGCCACCUAAUCAAGACAAAAUAAUUAAUAAAGAAAGAGUUAAACAUUAAAGGUUGUGUGUGGUUAAGAUGGAACGUUC